UCCGGUAAAGAAGCAGAGCUUAGCUUAGCAAGUGAAGUUAGCCUGGAGAUCGGUUUUACCGGCGCGGGAAGUAUCGAUAUUUUUGUCUUUUUCUGCAACUGCAACACUACAAAUAGGUUCGAAUCGAUUGUGUGCGUAUGUACCAUCCGUUUCUUGAAAGGUGUAAAUACGGAUGUAAAGACUUCCGUGUUCAAAAAGACUGACUUAAUGUGAGCACAAAGGCCUAACGUUACGUGCGCUGUAGUGAAGCAUGUACCCUUCGUGGGGAAAUUAUGGAGGUGGACAACCGCCUUCCAACAAUCAAUUUACGGCUCAAACACCGACAGCAGCGGGAUACAAUGCUCAAUCGUCGACGAAUUUUUCCAGCUUUCGGGAGCAGAUGCAACAGCAGAUGCAGCAGCAGAUGCAACAGCUUCAGCAGCUUCACCAGAAACAAUUACAGUCGGUGCUCAGUUAUGGAGCAGCAGCAGGAGGAGGAGGCGGCGGCGGCGGCGGCGGCGGCUAUGGAAGUGGUCCCGGUGCCUGGCAAGGGCAGAAUUCAACCACAAACUAUGCUUACGAUCAACAGCAGACCCCACCACUGCCGCCCCAGCCGGAGGAGGAAGCGCCACCCAAGCCCCCCGAACCGAAACCUCCGCUUCCUCCGCAGAACAACAACGGCCCCGGGCUACAGAAUAAGAAUACUGCCCAUGACCCAUCAGCGGCCAUCACUCCACAGCACGGAGACAAUACCGACUUUUCAUCAAUGACUCCGCAGGAACAACAGCAGUACUGGUACAAACAGCAUGUCCAGAAUUUGCAGAAGCUAAAGAAUGAGCGGGCAGGUGCGGGCCAAGGUGACCGGAAUCAGGCACCCCCUCUACCGAGUGAGCCUCCCAAAAGUGCUCCCCCACCACCUCCACCCAAAGAGGAACCACCUCCACCACCUCCGCCUGAAGAGCCUCAGCCCUACCUCUCAUGCAUUCGUUCUCCUGUGUUUGCUGGUCCCCAGGAGGAGCCCAUGAGUGCGGGUGACCCGUUUGAGGUGGCCCGUCUGCAGCAGCUGCAGGCGGCGGCGGCCCAGUGGCAGCAGGCCCAGCAGCAGAGGGCCGCGCACCAGUACACCGCACUCAUGCAGCAGCACUCCCAGCUGCAGCAGAUCCUGCAGCAGUACCAGCAGUUCAUCCAGCAGCCCGCCAACCUCCAGGCCAUGUCGCUGGACAUGCAGCUGAAACACUACGAGACGCAGCAGCAGCAGUUCACGCCGAUCUACCAGGACUGGAACCGGCACUUCAAGCUGUGGCAGGAGCAGUUCCAGACCUACCCGCACAAGGACCAGCUCCAGGACUACGAGGGCCAGUGGAAGCAGUGGCUGGAGCAGAUGAACUCUACGGCGGCCCACCUGCAGGAACGGGUCGCCACCCUGAGGACCAUGCAGCACCAGUACGGCCAGCAGCAGCAGCCUGGCUACGGAGGCAUGAUGGGCCAGUACGGCGGACAUAAUCAGAGCCAGGCCAUGCCGCAGCAACAGGGGAACAUGGACCACUCGUCAGCAUCCGCUGGACCGCACCCUCCUAACUCCUCCGGCCUCCAGCCUGGUGAAGCGAACUCCGCUGCUGCUUCUGACAUGACGCCUGGAGGAGGCCCAGCUCAUGCUGGCGUGACAGGACCCGGCCCAGCCACGGGCCCGUCUGGGUCUUACCAGGGCAACACUGGCCCCACUGCUGGGGAUGGCGUGUCCGAGGGCUAUGGAUACGGCGGGCCCCACCAUCCUGGGAUGAGGCCGCAGGGCCCACAUGGACCCAGAGGCCCAAGAUUUGAUGGACCAGGGCCCGAUCAUUCCCAGCAACAGCGUUUUAAUGCCCCCAGGCAAGGUCUCAACGCUCCUCCACGAGGUCCGCCUGGGAGGUUUGAGCCACCUAUGAGACAUAAUGCUCCAGGGUUUGAUCAGCCACCAGGGCCGGCUUCAGCUGGCUUUGAAAGACCCCCCGGCCAAAUGCAGAGUCCACAAAACCGCUUCGAAAGACCGCCCGGUCCACCACAAAACCGCUUCGAAAGACCACCGGGUCCACCACAAAACCGCUUCGAAAGACCUCCGGGUCCACCACAGAACCGAUUCGAACGACCCCCUGGUCCACCACAGAACCGAUUCGAGCGACCCCCUGGUCCACAACAGAACCGAUUCGAACGACCCCCCGGACCGCCACAGAAUCGCUCUGAAAGACCGCCGGGCCCACCGCAAAAUCAGUCGCGAUUUGAAAGGCCACCUGGCCCCGGUCAAAACCCCCCUCGAUUUGAACGACCCCCCGGUCCUGUACAGAACGCGACCCGGCCGCCCGGCCCUGGACAGACUCCUCAAGCUCGUGCGCAAGGUCCAGCACCCCGGGCCCCUGUGCCACCACCAGCAGCAGCAGCAGCUGCUGCAAAACCAAGUCCUCCUCCUGCUGCUGCUGCUGCUGCUGCUGCUGCUGCAGCGGCUUCAACUAAAGGAGCCCCUGAGGCAUCUGGCCCUCAGCUGAAGAAGACUGGGUCCCAAGACUCCAAACCCUCAGAUUCAAGCGGCAAGGAAAAAAGCACAACUGAAGACACGCUGGCCGAGGACCUGGUUGACUCCGGAAGCGGUUUCUUUGUGCAGAAUGACCCGAUACCUCAGACUAAGGCUACUGAAACUCCUGCCAAGGGAGACCAGAAGACUGCUGGAGCCACAGAGAAAGAUAAAGCAAAGGAGAAGGAUGCUUCGAAACCUGCCGCGUCAACGACUUCCUCUACUACUCCAGUCAAACCACAAACAACAGUCAAACAAACUCCCACGCCGCCGGCUCAGGCGAAAAGCAACGGCAACAGCGGAGCGCCUCCUGCGAGGCCCCCGCCUCACGAGGCACCCAAGCCCCCUCCCCCAGGUCCGCCCUUCUUGGGGGACGCCCCGAUGGCUCCUCCGCCCAUGGCGCGCGGGCGAGGCCGUGGGCAGAUGCCACCCAUGCCCAUGCGGGGCAGGGGACACCCCCGAGGCCGAGGCAUGCCCCCUGGCGCCGGUCCCCCUCCUCCCCCGCACAUGGGCCCGCCGCACGGCUACGAUCCCAACAUGCCGCCGCCCGAGGAAGAGGAGCACGGCGGGUACGGGUACGAAGACCCGCACGCCGCACACAUGAUGCACGGGGCCGAGGGCCAGGAGGAGGGAUACGGCUGGCAGGAGCACCCACCUGCAGAGCCGCACGGGAUGAUGGGACGAGGGCCGCCACCGCAGAUGCACGAGGAAGAGAUUUGGCACCCCGAGGAGCAUCACUUUGGCGGUGGCGAAGAGUAUUACGAGGGGGCCGAGGGCCAGGAGGAGCACGCAGAGGAACAAGAGGAUCAGUGGGAACGUGAUCCGCAGCCAGAGCCCGAAGAGGAGUACUGGGAGCCGGAGCAGGACCCGUAUUGGCAGGGACCCCAUGACCCCAUGAUGCCGCCCAUGCGCGGCCGGCCGCCGUUCCCACAUGGCAUGCGCGGACGUGCGCGCCCUCCCCCGCCCCGAGGCUUCAUGCACCACGGCCCGAGGCGACCGCCGCCCCCGCCUCACCUCGCCGGCCCCCACAUGGAAGGCAUGGAGCACGACCCUCACCGGCCGCCCAUGAUGCACAGAGGUCCCCCGCGCGGCCCCAUGGGCCCACCGAGGUUCCGGGGACCGCCGCCACGCGGUCACCCCAUGCCCCGCGGCAUGAUGGAGCGCCACCCGCCUUACCCUCCUCGAGACAUGAUGGAGAUGGACCCCUCUUACCACGAGCCCAUGGAGCCGCCGUACCAUGAACCCAUGGAGCACGAGCAGGGAUGGCCGCCACCACCGCCGCACGGCCGCGAGCCCAGGCGCCCCCCUCCGCCCCCACACGCCAUGAUGGAGCGGGACAUGAGGAGACCCCCACCUCCCUACGGCCCGGGGCCUCCACGCAGGCGCCCUCCCUUCCCUCACGAGGAGCAGGAGGAGCCGUACGAAGAGCCGCCGUACGAAGAAGAGUACCCGCAGCCUCCGCCACCUCCAGAGGAGGAGGAGGGCUACAGGAGGCCUCCGCUCCCCCCACCAGUCAUCUCUCGGGACUACGGCCACGGCGGUGCUGCUGCUGGGCGUGAGGAUGAUUACUACCCGCCACGCCCUCCACCAGAAGACUGGGACGUGGAGCGGGAGAGGGGCAGGGAGUACCCGCCUUACCCCCGCGAGCGAGGCAUGCGAGAGGAGCGCUGGCCCGAGGGCAGAGAGAGGCCACCAUACCGAUACGAGGAGGGGGGCCCGGGCAGACCCGACUACGAGGGCUAUCCCGAAGACCGCCCCUACGGCGCACGGGAACCUCCGUACCGUCCGUCGGACUGGGACAAGCCGCUGCCUGAGCGUACUUACCCUCCUCCACCCCCUCCUCCCAUGGAGCCGAGGAGAGUUUCGUUUGAGGGAGGGCUUGAGCCGGGCAUGGAUAUUCCUCCACCGCCACCCCCCGCUGCCGCCCCGGACACCUCCCUGGAGCAGAAGUCUCCCACAAUCGGAACGGCCCUCUCCCAGAGGCAGCACGAGAUCAUCCUGAAGGCAGCGCAGGAGCUGAAAAUGAUCAGGGAACGGCAGGAGAGUAAAGGGGAGCCAGGAGCACCCUCUGACGUGCCUCAGAUCGAACUGCCAGCCAGCCUUCUCAGUGGCAUAGAAAUACCCCCCGAAGUCAAGACUGCCCUUCAGUCAACGGGUCUCUUUACGGAUGUCGGUGGUGGACCGACUGCUGGGGCCAAAUCUGUUUCGUGGGACUUGGGCUCCUCCGCUCAAUCCCCACCGUCUAAACCCAUCAUCGCCAAGACUGUAGACUAUGGACAUGGACAUGAGUCUGGAACGACUGUGGAGCGCAUACCUUACGGCGAGAGGAUUAUCUUGAGGCCCGAGCCCGUGCCUGAGAGGCCAUAUGAAAAGGAUCCCAUGGGGGCCAGAGACCCGUAUGGCCGAGACCCCUAUUUCGAGAGGCGGGCCGACCCCUACAUGGAGCGGCGGGAAUGGAGCCGAGAGCGAGAGAGAGACCCCUACAGGGAAAGGACAUCCAUGGAGCACGACAGAGAGCGAUUUGAACGAGAACGCUCGUUCUCCAGAGAGGAGCGGCCACCUGCGGGACCCCCUGGCAGGCCAGGCUUCAGGGAGCGCGAUCGAGAUUCCAGGGACAGAGAGGGACGCAGCGGGAGCGGGAGCCGCGACAGGGACCCCUACGGCCGAGCGGCCUACGAAAGACCAGCAUAUGAACGAGGCCCCGAGCGUUUCGAGCACGGACAACCAGGGGCCCCCAGCUAUGGAGGUGAUCGUCGAGGGUACCCUGACGACAGGGGGGCAGCAGGGGCGGCGUCCUCCAUGGCCCCUGCUGGCACUGCCCCUUCUCGCGCUGAGAAGAAGCCCGAGACCAAGAACGUGGACGACCUCCUCAAGCUGCCCGGCAGAGCAAGCCGCCCAGACAGGAUUGUCAUCAUCAUGCGUGGGCUAUCAGGAAGUGGCAAAACCCAUGUGGCCAAACUGAUCCGCGAUAAGGAGGUGGACUGUGGCGGCGCUCCUCCGCGUGUGCUGAGCCUGGACGACUACUUCAUGACUGAGGUGGAGAAGUCACAGAAGGACCCUGAGUCGGGGAAGAACAUCAAGGUCAAGGUGCUGGAGUAUGAGUACGAGGCGGAGAUGGAGGAUACGUACCGCAACAGCAUGCUCAAGACCUUCAAGAAGACGCUGGACGACGGCUUCUUCCCCUUCCUCAUCAUUGACGCCAUCAACGACAAGGUCAAAUACUUCGACCAGUUCUGGAGCGCUGCCAAGACCAAGGGCUUUGAGGUCUAUAUAGCAGAAAUAACAGCGGAUAACCAGACCUGUGCAAAGAGAAACACCCACGGAAGAAAGACGAAGGACAUCACCAAGAUGGCAGGUUCGUGGGAGCCAACACCGCGUCACAUGGUGCGUCUGGACAUUCGCUCUCUCCUGCAGGAUGCAGCCAUUGAAGAGGUGGAAAUGGAGGACUUUGACCCCAAUGCAGAGGAACCAAAGCCGGAGGGGAAGAAGAGGAGGGAGCAUGAGGAGGGAGACCGGGGGUACAUUCCAAAAAGUAAAUGGGAGAUGGACACGUCUGAAGCUAAACUCGACAAGCUGGAUGGGCUGAUGGUCGGCAGCAAGCGAAGGCGCGAGUCGGACCUAGCGGGCCUGGAGGACUUCCUCCAGCUGCCGGAUGACUACGCCACACGGAUGUCAGAGCCGGGAAAGAAGAGGGUGCGGUGGGCAGACCUGGAAGAAAAGAAGGACGCUGAACGAAAGCGUGCCAUCGGCUUCGUGGUGGGCCAAACAGACUGGGAGAAAAUCACAGAUGAAAGCGGCCAGUUGGCCCAGCGAGCUCUGAACCGCACAAAGUAUUUCUGAGAAGAUGCGUUUUGUAGUCUUGCACACAUUUUUUCAAACAGAUAGCCAGACCGUGAAGGAGCAACUUCCUGUUCCUUUGAUGGAAUGACGAAUACCCACCCCCCUCCAUCCCAUCCCACCUCCAUCUAGUUACUGUUAUUUAAUUCACUGCUGCGCAGAGAGAACAGAGCGCCGAGUAACAGGAUCCACUGGGGCAGUGCGACAAGAAGACGCGUUGGUGGUGUUCUGGUAUUAACUCAAGAAUGUCCACAUUUUAAUCUCCCGGACUAGGAUUCGCGCCUAAGUCUCCAUGCUGCGUUGGCAUUUUUAUACUUUGUUUGUAUUUCCCAGUUGAAUUUCUGCUUUUACUCAUUAGUCCAUUAGGUAUUGGUCAAAUUAAACCAUUCAAAGACUAAUGUGAAAUGAAAGACUGUGAUUUCUGUUCUGUUUCUCUCCAUUUUUUUUGCCUUUAAAAAAUGAAAUUUGUUGUUUUUGUUUAAAAGUGUUUUGCUUCAGUGUGUUGACUGUAACACAUGUGGACAUAUAUUAAAUAUGACUUCUAAAUGUG